GCGCCGCGAAUGUCCUUGUGUAGGUUUGAACGGUAAGUCAAAUUAAACCAAACUACUUAAACAUUUAUGAUUGAUGCAAUGAAUGCAACAGCAGUAUGUGGAAUAUUACGUAUAGUACAUAGCCUUACAUAGAACAUGUGGACAAGUUAAUCAUUUAAAUCAAAACGAGGACAUGAAUUGUAGGCCUACUUUGUGGUCACAAUUUAGCCUAACGUUAACGUUACCUGCCAUACAUCUAAAAUGAAUUAUUUUAUUUAUAAUUAGGUAACGAAUUAUUAAGUCGUGGCCACGGUAUCAUCUCUCUCUCUUUAUGCAUGAAUAUAAACGAUAUGAUCAUGCAUAACGUAUGGCUACCACAUGUAAAUCAUGGUCAUGUACUAAUACGCUCCCUCGUUUUGAUUUAACUAUGGAUCAAAUUAUUGCAAGCCAAAAUUUAAUUAAAAUGAUGUACGUGACUUGUGUGCAUUUGCACAUCGAGAUAUUGAUGUUAAAAUUAUAUGUCGUGUAGCCAUACAGUGUUCUUCAUUUACACUGAUCAACAUUGUCAUACGCAUUUGCAUUUAAAAAAAAAAUAAAUAAAAAAAAAUGCUGGUCCAGGUCAAGUACAGCGAACAGCAGAAGUAUGUGAAACUGGAUUGUAUUGAUGGACGGUUUGACUUUAUGCUAUUUAAUCUAAAAGUCAUCGAGAGAUUUUGCUUGCCUCCGGAUGCAAAAGUUUUAUUCAAGGAUGCAACAGGGACUGAAGUCGAUGCAGAAAUAUUCAGCGACCUCGUUGGACAAAGCAAUGUGGUGCUGACCGUUUUCUCAAACGAUGAAUUUUCAGACUACUCUUCCAUAUCUGAGACAUCUGACUCAUACAGCACAAGUGCAUCAACUGUAAUCUUAGAUGAGGUCGCUAACAAAAGACCAAGAACUGAGUAUACAUCUGCACUGUCUGCUAAACAGUUGGUUGAAGAUGUGCUUAAAUUCAAGUCUGGUGGUGAAGCAGUACUACAGGAGUAUCAAGAAACAGAAACUCUUACAGAUGCCACAAGAAGACACAUGAUAAACAUUCUGGUGUCUCACAUGAUUGAUACACACGGGCAACUCCCAACUAAAGCAAUCAGAGAACAGUAUGCUCAUGGCAUCGUGGUGCUGUUCCCUUCCCUCAGAGAUCCAUAUUCUAAGAAAGGCUACGAACACUUCUAUGAUGCUGCAAGCAACACAGGAUACAUCGCCUGGCGUAUGAAAACAGUCCACAGGAAGAUUCGUCGAGGAUCUGUGCUACCAGACAGCUCUCUUGAUGUUUCUCCAGGAGGCCCUAAAUGCCAAAGGGCUACUAAUUUUGAAGAUCAACUUGAUGGGGAUGCUUGCAAAGAGGCCAUGUCUUUGCUCAACCAUGCCACAGAAAAGUUACUAAUUUUCCAGAAGAUGAGACAGACCUUUCAGCAUCGCCAGAAGCUUGUUAAAGAUCCAGGCUCUAGUGUUGAUAUCCUCUCCACCUUCCCAAGAUUCAUGGAUACAAAGGGGCUGGUGGAUCAAGACUUCACUCUCCUCUUUGAUGCUGAGAUAUCCUCCAGGCUGCUUCAAAAGUGGGACACGUUCUUCAGGCCAAAUGUCAUAAAAGAAGCCAAGCAGCUAUCAUCAACAGCAGAGUUGAGUCAGUUGUUGCUGUCAGCAGAAGGUGAUCUUGACGAGGCAAGAAUCUACGACCAGGAAAUGGCAUCCCUUCUGUUACUGAUACAUCUUCUUCCACCACCACCAGGAGGACCGAAGUCUCCAAAAAUCAGUGCAUUCAUGCUCCAGUUUGGAGGAGCACCUCCGAAACAACCGGCAUCAGCACCCGUACCUCCUUGCAGUUGGACGUCAGAAAAGCAAGAUUGACAGCUUCUACAUCACCUUGGAUAAGCAUCUCAUC